AUGAGACUAUUUCAGUAUUACAUCUUUAUUUUAAGCUUUUUCGACCUUGCUUUCGCUUCGAGGAGGAAGUCAUCGCCAGACAUAUUCAAUAAUGGAUUACUUCCAUCACACUAUUCGGUAGUUACCGGGUUCUUCAAGCAAGACGAUGAUCACACAGAGGCUGAAGAGUUCGAUGUGAUAAAGGAGCCCAACUUUGGGUUGAAACAUGACGCUAGUUGGUCCCAAAUAUUGGAUUUCAUUGAUAGCCAUAACGAAGAAAACUUUAACCAGGGCGAAGCGUACAAGUUGAUGUUUUUGGCAAGACAUGGAGAAGGAUUCCACAAUGUUGCUCCCCAGAAUUAUUCUCACAUGGAUUGGAGGUGUUUUUGGCAAGUUCGGGAAGGGGAUGGGGUAGUCAACUGGUACGAUGCAGAGCUAACUGACAGUGGAAUUGAACAAGCGACGCUGCUCUCCAAUGCUUGGAACGCAAAUUUACAGGAUAACAAGGACCCAGUGCCCUUGCCUAAAUCGUACUAUGUUUCACCAUUGAGACGGACAUCCCAAACCUUCCACUAUACGUGGGCAGCGGUUACGGAAUAUUUCACUGAGAAUAAUGCCGAAGACUUUGCACCUGUGGUAAAAGAAUUGUCAAGGGAGACGUACGGGAUCGGCACGGAGAGUAAAAGGCACUCAAAAUCAUACAUUCAUGAACGUUGGCCCUCGUUCAAGUUUGAAAAGGGGUUUAGUGAAGAAGAUUUACGUUGGGAGAAAGAUUACCAUGAGUCCAAAGAGCAUAGAAACUAUAGAGCUACGUUACUUUUGAAUGAUAUAUUCAGCAAUGACGCCAGCACUGUCAUAUCGCUUACGUCACAUAGUGGACUCAUCAGUAGCUUAUUGAAAGUGAUUGACCAUAGGAAGUUCCCCUUAGGAACGGGUCAGAUGAUUCCUGUAUUAAUUAAGGCAAGCGGGCCAGACUCGUUCAAGAAACCCAAGCUUACUGAACCAUGGACAAGCUUCAAUGAGCAAUGCAAGGACUACGACAGUUUGCAUGAGAAUCAACUGGUUUUGAAGCUCUCAUCACCAUUAUAA